CUCCUUACCGGAGUAAAAUCUAUUCUUCACAUCAUAAUCAUACAACAGUACUUCUUAUGGAGAUAAAAUUCUCGAGUGCAGCCAACAUAUCCAGAUUCUGGUUUUUUGGAAAGCGAAACGGGAACAAUUCCCUUCGAAUUUACUCAUUCGAUAUAUUUGACGUUAAUUUGAAGAUGUAUGCUAAUUAUACGGGCUUUUGAAUUCAAGUGAAAAGGUGUUCACCAUGACAUCGCAGCAGCGGUUGCUGAAUGCCUCCUUCAAUCAGGAUAACAGUUGCUUCUCAAUAUGUACAAGGGAUGGUUAUAAGAUUUUUAAUUGUGAAGGUGGCAACGAGUGUUAUCACAGAGACGAUGGGGCUAUAAACAUUGUGGAGAUGCUCUACAGUACAAGCUUGCUUGCCAUAGUUGGAGCUGGUGAGCAGCCUGCAUUAUCUCCUCGGAGGCUCUGUUUGUUCAACACUGAGACAGGAACUUUUCUCAAAAAGCUGAAUUUUGUCACAGCUAUUCUUGCAAUCCGCCUAAAUAGGAAAAGACUUGUUGUUGUGUUAGAGGAGAGUACAUACAUUUACGAUUUAAGCAACCUAAGUAUUUUAGAUUCAAUUGAUACUGUCCCUAACCCAAAAGGUCUUUGUGCUUUUUCCCCCAAGGAGGAUAACUGUUAUCUUGCUUUACCAGCGAGUACAGACAAAGGAGUAGUGUUGAUUUACAAUGUCAAUGAACUUCAUUCUCAUUGUCAGAUAAAUGCUCAUAAGUCACCGUUGGCAGCCAUGGCUUUGUCGUCAGAUGGAUCAUAUAUAGCAACAGCUUCUGAGCAAGGAACUGUUAUAAGGGUUUAUUUAGUGUCACAACCUUCAGAGAAAUUCACUUUUCGGAGGGGAACAUAUCCAGCUGCUAUCUAUUCUCUUUCAUUGGGACCACCCUCACAUCUUCCUCGUUUGCUUGUAGCAACCAGUUCUUCUGGUUCUGUGCAUGUUUUUACCCUUGGGCUGAUGACCGCAGAUAGGAACAAAAGAUCCACUGGGUUGCUUGCAACUGUAAUCCCAACUUCUCUCAAUGAUGCAUUAGAACCUUCUUAUCAUCAUGUUGUGCUUCACAAUGUACUCCCCGCAGGAGUCAAGAGUCGUGCAAUAAUUUGCAAUGUUGAAGAAGCUAGCAUGGUAAAGGUGAUGGGUUUGACAACAAACACACUAAGGGUUCGGAUACUCAGUAUUACCUAUAAUGGCUAUUUCAAUGAUUAUAGCGUCAUAAUAGCUGAUGACAAUAAACGCCCAUGGAAUUUAGAGAGAGAGUGUAAUCUGCUAGCAAGUCCUUCUGAGCAAAUUUCAGCAAAUUUUGUAAAAUAACAUUUUGUUUAUCCUAUGCCAUAUGUUCUUUCCAUUCACUUCCUCAUAAAGGAAGGUUAAAAGAAUGUAACAAUUAAGGAAUCCCCGUGAGAUAAUCUUUCUUAUAUGAUAAGCCAUAUCUAUAUGGUGCAUGGCUUGUGAAAAAAAUCCUCAAAAUCAUUUCUUUAUUGACAUCAUUUUUUAUUUAAGGGUUCAGUGUAUAUAAGAAUGUGAAACCCGAACACAAAAUAGUAAAGCCCUAAACUUUUUUCUUAAGAA